UCGUUCACAAACGCCUCGUGUCCCGUCAUUCCGGCGAUUUUCAUGCGUUUAAAAAAAAUAAAAAAUAAAAUAUAUAUAUACGCGAUCGUGAUCCACGCGAGUCUAAAAGGAAGUCAUUCCAGGCGCCUAUCUACGGAGUCGAGUUAAGGUCACACGCUGGCUGCCUGAAUUCCCCUCUUUGUGUUUACACAUCCGGGUUUCCCUGUUUGCAGCCCAUUCCCCAUUUAGAAGCCAUUUUGGACACAGAUCAGUAACAUGCAUGUAAACCCCGACCGACCUCCCGACGCAGCGGUGCUACGAUUCCCGUGAAUAACCUCAACAAAAAGAGCGCCGAGCUUUUUCGCCCCCCCAGGCCGGUUCGGCGGCUUCCAGUCUCGCCUUUUUGGAUCCACUUCCGAUGCCAAAUGCUGCACCUAUUCGAGGACUGAACCGUCUGGCAGUCAGUUGAUCGUCUCUCUUGCAACAUUGUUGCAUCGCCGCGGCUAUUGACACGACUGGUGGUGGUGGUGGUGGUGGUGGUGGUGGUGGUGCUGGAGGGACUCGGAGGCCUGUGGUCGGUUUGAUCCUGGACGGAUGUUUUGGACAACCUGAGUUUUAAUGUUCGCGACGGAAAGCCGGGGAAAUAUCGCUCCUGUAUUCCAAAACGGAACAUGUCUUUUUCGUGGCUGACUUGUUCACUUCUUCUGGGAACUUUAUGCGCAGGGUACAGUCUGGGCGAAGCAGAGACCCGGGAGUGUGUGUACUACAAUGAUAACUGGCGUACGGAGAGGACCAACCAGAGCGGCUUCGAGCGCUGCGAGGGGGAGAAGGACAAGCGACUGCACUGUUACGCCUCCUGGCUCAACUCCUCAGGGACCAUCAAGCUGGUGAAGAAAGGCUGCUGGCUGGAUGACUUCAACUGCUAUGACAGGCAAGAGUGUGUCUCCAUGGAGGAAAACCCUCAGGUCUUCUUCUGCUGCUGCGAGGGCAACUACUGCAAUGAACGAUUCACCCACCUUCCUGACAUGAUUGGCAGUGGCAACCGAGUGAAAAUCCGGCCUCCGCCCCGAGUGCCGUCCCUGCUCAACGUGCUUGUGUACUCCCUGCUGCCGCUCUGUGUGCUGUCCCUGGCCCUCGUUCUGGCCUUGUGGAUGUACCGCCACCGCAAACCUCCCUACGGCCACGUGGACCUGAGCGAGGAUCCGGGAGCAGCUCCUCCAUCCCCCUCAGUGGGUCUGAAACCACUGCAGCUGCUGGAAAUCAAAGCUAGGGGGCGUUUUGGUUGUGUUUGGAAGGCCCAGCUGAUGAGUGAAUAUGUUGCUGUAAAGGUCUUCCCUGUUCAGGACAAGCAGUCAUGGCAUAACGAGCGGGACAUAUUCCUGACUCCGGGGAUGCGUCACGAAAACCUCUUGCGUUACAUCGCUUCAGAGAAGCACGGCAGCAACCUGGAGACGGAGCUGUGGCUUAUCACAGAGUUUCAUGAGAGGGGCUCAUUGACAGACCACCUGAAGGGUAACACUGUGUCCUGGAAUGACCUGUGUCACAUAGCAGAGACCAUGUCCCGCGGCCUGGCUUACCUCCAUGAGGACAUUCCGAGCUACAAGGGGGAGGGGCCCAAACCCACCAUUGCACACAGGGACUUCAAGAGUAAGAAUGUGAUGGUACGGGAUGACCUGAGUGCAAUCAUUGGAGACUUUGGGCUCGCUGUGCGAUUUGAACCAGGAAAACCUCCAGGAGACACUCAUGGCCAGGUGGGUACGAGGCGGUACAUGGCUCCAGAGGUGCUGGAGGGAGCCAUCAACUUCCAGCGAGACUCCUUCCUGAGGAUAGACAUGUACGCGAUGGGCCUGGUGCUGUGGGAGCUGGUGUCUCGCUGCACGGAGGCAGACGGUACAGUUGGCGAGUACAUGCUGCCGUUUGAGGAGGAAAUAGGCCAGCAUCCCUCCCUGGAGGAUCUGCAGGAUGUGGUCGUGCACAAGAAGAUGCGUCCAGCCAUCAAGGACUGCUGGCUCAAACAUCCUGGUCUGAACCAGAUGUCUGAGACCAUCGAAGAAUGCUGGGACCACGACGCAGAGGCGCGAUUGUCUGCCGGUUGCGUCGAGGAGCGCAUCGGCCAGAUCGCCAGGACGAUUAGCAGCACUACCUCAGACAGCCCCGUCUGCAUCGUGAUGUCUCUCACCAACGAGGACCUACCUCCCAAAGAGUCCAGCACCUGAACGGGUGACACCAUCCUUCACCUGAGCUCCUGACUUGUUAUUUUUCAAAUCCAAACUCAGCGGAUCUCCGUGAAAUAUUUAAAAACAUUAAAAAAAAACAACAACUAGCAAGUUGAAUGCAGCUGCUAUUUUAUCCCACACUGGUAAUGUUUUUUUUGUGUGUGUUUUUUUUUUUAAUGUCAGAUCUUACUAACGCAUCCAUCUGCUGUAGUUUUGAAGUAGUAAUAAGUUAUGCGAUGGGCACAUCUGAUAGCAACCAUGUGUCGAAUCUUAAAUGUCGUCAUUACCUCAUGUAUUUCUUUUGUGUUAGCAUAUUUUUAUUACCUCAUACGUUGUUAUCUUGGUCGAUUUCCUGUCUUGGUGAGGAUCGUCUGCGGCCAAAUUAAAUGAAUCUCUGCUCCAAACCUCGGACAACGUGCUGCACACCUCGGAGGAACCGUUUUGAGACUGUUAGACAAAAUAUAUUCAUCUUCCUCAGGGGUCGAAGCUUCUUGACUUUUAAACUCGAGUGUGCUCCCUUAUUUUAAACCUGUGAAUGCCUCAGAAUGAAAAAGGAUUUUAAAAAAUCGGAGCACAGAUGUGUUUAUCGCAAGGGAGGAGCUAAAAUGAGAGCCGAGCAGUUAUAUUGGACAUUUGGGACAUGCCUCUUGUCCCCGAGGAACUACCUCUCAGGUAUCCAGUAGGCUUCUUUGGAACAUUUUCUCUAAGUUGAGAGCCAAGCUAUCCAGCUCGCUAUCAUGGACAUAUUCCUGGAUUUUAUUUUAUUUUUUUAAUUGUAGAAAUUCAGAGUUACUCCUUUGCUAGUGCCGGGGAGGCCGUCUGGAGUUCCAAUGUUACACAUUCUUGAUUUUAACUGUGUGUGUGUGUGUGAGAGAGAGAGAGAGAGAAUUUGAAGACUAAAUGAUGUUAGUUGCAUAGAGUUUGUAAGUAAGAAGCAUGGACAGAUUGUCUGGGUUUAUCCUUGCGAGGGCCAUGCUUGAGUAAGCAACAUGUCUGUUUUUCAUUUUUAUGGGUGUUUCUUCAAUAGACUCAGUCAAACACCAGUCCCUAGAUACCUCAAGUCACUGUACAUCAUGCAAGGAGAGCUCAAAUGGUUGCCUUUGUCUCAAAUGCAAUGCCAUAGUUGUACCAUAACAUAAAUACCAUACAUUGAAUGUCCGUUAUGCUGCUGUGACUAUUCCAGGAUACUCAAGGAUUUGUAGAUGUACAUGUAUUCUUUGUUGAUAUAACGCUAAUGAUAUUAUGUGAGGCUAAUAUUCUGUUUUUGUGUAUUUUGACUGGGUAAGCCCUCAGCUGCUUACUCCUCCAGACUGACCUCAGAUAUUCUGACAAGUACCUCAGGCUUUUUCUACAUGUAUAUCAAGUUGUGUUAUGUAUUUUAUUGUGUUUUAGUAGUUGAGAUAUUUUAUUGCCGGUUGCUCUUUGUCUGUGGAGAUUUAUUUUUUAUUUUUUUUUUAUUAUUUUUUUUUAAAGAGCCUGACCAGUUGUCACGGUGUUAAUGCUGUACAAACCUAAAAAGAAGAGAGGCAGAUUCUUGUAAAUAGACCCGUUCACACAGUUGCCGAACACUAAUCUGUUUUUUAAAAAUACAAAAGCAGGGCAUUAUUGUUUUCAUUUCACAAAAAUGGAAAGGGACUUCUCAGUUCCACUUCUACAUAUUUAAGUCAUUUUGACAACCAGCCCUGUGAUAUUUUAUAUAUAUAUAUAUAUAUAUAUAUAUAUAUAUAUAUAUAUAUAUUAUUAUUAUUUUUUUUCCAAGAAUGGUGGUUGUGUUACUGAUUUCUAUUAAUAAUGGUAUCAGUUCCUCUGAAUCAGAAGCUGUGUAGGUAGCACUUGCAUUAGAAAGCUUAAUGUGUGUAACAUCAACAACAAAAAAUCCCUGAUGGUUAGGUUCUGGUGGCUUCUGUGAUUGGCCACUUGCUAGAAAUGCCAGUUUUGACAGUAUUACCUCAAUAAUUAACCCGCUGAUGUGAUGUUCAGACCUGUUUGGUGAUAGUUAAACCACGUUGGACGACACACAGGCUCAUCUGUUGUGCUUUGAUUGAUGUUGUGAAAGAUGGUGAUUUUAACAGUGCUCUGUGACGCUUGCUCCUGUGCAGUUUUGGUAAAGAACGUGUGUGGGGAGAAAAACCAUCAAUCCAUACUGAAUAAUGUUUUAAGUAUUUAGGAAUCAUCAACUACAUGAUUGAUUGAUUGAUCAUGCAUCCCCAUUACAGUUCAUGUAAACAGUGGCAUGUGGUCCAGCAAUAUUUAUUAUACAGCAAUAGUCACUUGAAUAUCGUAGUUUAAGUAGUUAAACUCAGAUGUGACUUAGCAGUAUUCUUUUGUGGCUCAAUAAAGUGCAUCUCAUCUCA